AUGGCAUUUCACUCCAAACAAUGCACGAUCUGGUUUUUCUUGGCACUGGUUUUUCUGGUUUGCCAAACCUCGGCAGCCGCCAUAGAUCGUGUCCAGAAGCUCUGUGGCUUCACGACAGACCCCCCUCAAUGUCUGCAACUACUAAGACCCGACCCACGCACGGUUAACGCCACCUACAAACAGCUCGGGAACGUAUCUUGGGAGCUGACGGUGGCGGCCACGGCUUCCGCGAAGGACCUGUCGAGGUCUCUGCUGGAACAGGAGAAAGAUCCGAAGGUGAAGCCGAGGUUCGCAGGAUGUCUGGAGGCGUACCAAAAUGCCGAGGCGUGGUUAGGGGAGUGCGCUAAGGAGAUUUAUAAGGGCGAACCGUAUUGUUUGCUUCAGCUGUUCGGUGAAAAUCGGACUUGCCGGGAGAUGUUUAAGGAGCCGCCGGCGGAACCCACCGCGCUUAAGAAUGUGGGUGACAAGGUGGAUUUGUUAGGGAAUAUGGUGAAUCUUGGGAUUACUCUCAAAGAUUAUUAG